AUGUUUGAAAGACUGGAAGAGAUAAAACAAGUAUGUAAAGAUAGAAAAGAGUUUGCUGCGCUUGUAAAACAGGCAAUAGAGAUAAAAGAAAAGAGUAUAGAGUCAAAAGAAAAGCUGCUGGAGCUAAUGGACAUGCUAAUUAUCAACAGGGUAAACAUGGUGGAAGAGAUCCAAUUUAUAGAAAAAAGAAAAGAAAUACAAAAGCUCCACAGCUACAUUGAAAGCAGCGCCUCGAUCAGCGCAGGCUUUCGGCUGGAGUGCGACUCUGCUCUGUACUCUUCCAUGGGUGUCUCUGAACUUGUAAAGUUCUUUGAAGAUUCUGCGCGCAUCCACAGCUCUAAAGGCCUGGAGAAGAUGCAGAUUGAAAAACCCAGCAAAACGCAAAAUGAGUCCAAAUAA